AUGAUCUCUCAAUUUUCCAUCGCCAACUCACAGCCCCCGCAGACGAGUGACCCCGGGGCUAAGAACAAACGCGCUCGGUUGGUCUGUUUCCGGUGUCAUGAGAAAAAGAUCAAAUGUGAUCUCUCAAGUCGAGACUCUCAGCAGUGCUCAAACUGUCUCGAUGUUGGAUGCCAGUGCCGACUACGCUCCUCCAGGCGAGGCUUGGCUCGGCGCGUUGACAAUGAUUCGGAGCCUGCCCGUGUACAAGAGGAGCCCACAGAGCCUGUUGUAGACUCUUUCGUCGAGUGUGCCUUGCUACCCCCCGUCCCCCCGUAUGAGGCCGAGAACGGGGAGACACGCAAUGGAGUCCUUGAGCAAGAACCCGUAUCAACAAGCCCCAGCCAGCGCCGCCCACAUCCCAGCUACAUCGGAAAUACUGGGUACAUGCAGAUAUUCAGCCACGAGAGCGGCGGGUCCCUACAAGAGCAAGAACCACAGCAACGAGCGGUCGACUGCAUCCCGCCGGGCCUCCAGGAGAGCCACCUCGACACGUACUUUGAGUACGCACGGGUCUGGUGUCCUAUCAUUGAUCGCGAUUUCUUUGAGAACAAUCCUGAGCUGCAAGGUUCGCUGCUUCUUCGACACGCUCUGGCACUCUGCGGGAACCAGAUUAAGCCGCCGUUGCUGGGGCACGCCUCGUCGAUGGACCAUUACACGCGGGCCAAGGAGCUGUUCUAUGGUAACCAUGAACCGAUCCCGCUCGUGCGCAUUAUUUCCCUGAUGUUAUUUUACUGGUGGAGCGCAGAGCCGCCCAAUGUCGUUAGUCUUGAUACCACAUCGUGGUGGACAGGCACUGCAAUUCGUCUGGCACAGCAGAUCGGUCUGCAUCGGGAGCCUGCAUUGGGGAGUCCAACGCUCGCUGGCGAGACUCCUGGACUCCGUCGGCGAAUCUGGUGGACCCUAGUUGCCCGCGAACGCAUCACAGCCCUCUCGCAAGGCCUCCCCUGCCUCGUCGAUCUUGACGACAGCAACGUCCCCAUGCCCACGCUCUCCGACUUUCCGCAGCCCGGGACCCAAUCCACGCAAGCCGCUCUCUUCGUGCAGUGGAUCCCGCUCUGUGGGCUAAUCGGCCGAAUAGGUCAAAUGCUGCGUCGCCGCCAGGACCCAGCAGCGAGUCCAUCCGCAGUCCAACUCGCCCGCGAGCUCAUCGCCUGGGUGCAAUCCCUCCCAUCGACCUUAUACCCGGGGAUAAAGAGUACCAGAACAGCCGCCUUCCACCGUGACGUGCACGGAAUGCACCUCACGUAUCUCUCGUCCAUAACACUGCUGCAUCUCAACCAAGAUGCCCAGCCACUCCCGCGCGCUUCCAUCGCCGCCAUUGUUGCUGCAUCGUGUACAGCACGCCUUUUUCAGGAUUAUCUCCUUCGCGGCUCUGUUUCCUUUCUUGCAGGCCAGGCCGGAUGGUACAUCACAAUCGCUAUACUAGCGCUCCUGCACGCCCGUAGACUCGAUGGCAUGACCGCCGCAGCAGACGCAGACAUCGCAAUCCUACGUGCCGCGCUCGGAGCCAUGUCGCGAACGUGGCACUCAGCACAGAUGUUCGAGCACGGGAUCAAUAAGCUCAUGGAUCCGGCGAAUCCAGAGAUGAGGCAGCGGGUUCCGCCUGCGCUGCCGGACGCCACCGGGGCCAGGUCUGCAACAGGUUCAUCACCCGGUAUGGACGAGCAGUUGGCUAUGGAGGGGGUCGAUUGGAAGGAUUAUUUCCCGUACAUCAGUAGUGACACGAGUGAGCUCGUGUCGACGCUUCUCGGGGGCGAUGAGCUGGGCUGGCGGUUUCCGGAGCUGGGGUGGACGUUUGAUUUCCCGGGGCAGUUGGGCCAGUUUUUCACGCAGGCGGACGAUUUUGGAGCCACCUUUUUCUCAUUUUAG